CAUUAUGCUAUCCGGCAGCACUGGGGAGCGGGCGUCUGGGGAUGUGAAGGCAUAUGGGUGACGACUACAACUCCCAGCAUGCACUGCGAUAGAGGAGAAGGUAUUAUGCGGCGAUGGGGAGCGAUGCAUGCCGGGAGUUGUAGUCCAUAUCUCAUUUGCGGUCCGCUGUGAAAGCUGUCCUACAACAUGGGUAGUUAGGAAGGAGGGAACAUGCAGGGCUUAUUUGCUUGUUUUAGGGUUUAUUUAGCUGAUGUGGAGUUUGUUUACCUGCCAUAUGGUUUAUUUACCUUUUUUAGGCCUCAGUAACCCUGCUGGGGCUUGUUUGUCUGCUGUCAAUUUGGACACUUGCCUGGUGAGGAGUGACAGGACCUGAGUGAGGAAAGAGCGGCCUGAGGGAGUGAGUGAAAAGCUGAAUAAAUCCGAGUCGUGGUGCUUGAGAGACGAGAAGGGUGCUGGGUUUGUGGCUACUCCCUUCUGUGUGUCAGCUUUUUCCUCUGUCUCUAUAGUAAGAAAAACUAUAGAUUUAAACCGCAUCAGAGACCACUGUGCUUAUGUGCUAAGAUAAUGAAACCCCGCCACACAUCUUCCAAUAAAAUGGGGACACCAAGUGGUGGGAAAUCAGCAAAAAAUGCUUUUAAAUCAAAAAAUCAACAAGGGACUUCUAGCAAAAAAAAGAGAGCAGAUGAACAAGGAAGAAAACAAGGUCAAAAAAGACAGCAGGUCCCUCAGAAAGGCAAAAGGGGAGUUAAGGAACUGAAGGACUAUUCCCCUGCAGGAGAAAAUGGUUCUUCAAAAAAGGUGAAGCUGUCCAGUGCUACAAUAAGAUCUUGGCAGCCUCUCUCAGAGAACAGUAGGCUGUUCCUGGAAAGUAUAGUGGAUUCAGUAGUACUAUCUGUUUUGUCCCAACAGAGGGAGGAAAAAGAUGAUGUUCAGAAGCACCUCAAUGUCCUGAAAAACAAGGUGCUGAGAAGUUUCAAGACUUUAAAUGUACCUCCAGAGAAGCUGGGCAACCUGAAGAAUAUCCUGAGCCUUCAAAUGGCAGAGAAAGAAAUGCUUGAGACAAAUGAGGAGUCUUUGGUACAACUGCAGGAUGAAAUAACUGAAGUAGUGCGAUCAGUGGAGCGCAUUGAGGAAAAUAUACAGCGGCUGCAGCACAAAAUCCAGGUGCUCAAGAACCAGUUAGAGAAAGAUGAAAAAGAUGCCAGGAAGGUAUUCCAGGAAAAUGGCAGUGGAGAACUCCAGCUUCCAGAACUCCCCAAGUGCAGUUUGCAGGCACCCACUUUGCAGGAGGAAAUUUUGAAGGUAAAGAAUCAGAAGGACCUUUUAAAGGAUAUGAAUGCUAUUCAGCAGUCAGCUGACUUGAAGAACUUACUAACCCUUGUUGAAAAGACCUAUGAGAAGGUGGAUUUGCUUUGAGAAGCCAAAGUGUGUGGAGCCUCUGUGUUGAGUUUGGAAUCUGCUUUCUUCCUAAUGGCCUUCUUGUUGUGACUGCUGCAUUUCUGUUAAAACAUUUUCUAUUAACAUUGGUAUAUAAAUGUGUAGAUAC